UUCCCACUCUCCUGUCCAUUCUUCCUUUCUCGCCUCCUCGCCUCCUGCUAUUUCUUGUUUCUUUAUUCUUCCCUAUCACUUCCUUCCCUCGUUACAUACCACUUUUGAUUCUUUUUUUAAUUUCCCGCAAUUCCAUUCCACGGCUCCGUGUGUCAGCCGUCAGUCACUCGUUGUAGUAUAUAUACUCUUCUAAACUUUCUCAAUCCACUCCCCGAUUCUUUUUCCAUUAAUUCGGCCUGAUAUCACUGGGUCCGCAGAUCAAGUUGAUCAAUCCCUCGUUGUCUUCCGCUGCAGAUCAUUAGCUGUCGUCGUUGCGGCUGGUAUACGUUUGAACGACUGUCAAUAGAAUCUCAUCAUGAAGGCCGCAUUCGCUCUUGCCGGGGCUUCGCUCGUGGGCAGCGUCCUGGCGACCUUGCCUGCCAUUGAGACGAAGGGUAACAAAUUCUUCUACUCCAACAAUGGCACUGAAUUCUUCAUUCGUGGUGUUGCCUAUCAGCAGGAAUAUUCUGCCAAUGGCACCAGCAGCUCCAGCACAGGCUUCGGCAACGAAUCCAACGGCGACUACACCGACCCUCUGUCCGACCCCAAGAAGUGCGAGCGUGAUAUCCCUUACCUGAAGGAACUGCGGACCAACGUCAUCCGUACCUAUGCCGUUGACCCCAAGGCCGACCACACUGAGUGCAUGAAGAUGCUUGACGACGCUGGUAUCUACCUUAUCACCGAUCUGUCCUCCCCAUCGGAGUCGAUCAUCCGUAAUGACCCCAAGUGGGAUGUGGACUUGUACUCUCGCUACACUAGCGUUGUCGAUGCCUUCGCCAACUACACCAAUGUUAUUGGUUUCUUUGCCGGUAACGAGGUCGCUAACGACAAGAACAACACCGACUCUAUCGCGUUCGUCAAGGCUGCUGUGCGUGACAUGAAGAAGUACAUCAAGGCUAAGAAGUACCGUGAAUCCCUGCUCAUCGGUUACGCCACCGAUGAUGACGCUAGCAUCCGUGAUGACCUGAAGAACUACCUUGUCUGCGGUGAUAGCGAUGCCAUGAUCGACAUGUUCGGUUACAACAUCUACGAAUGGUGCGGCGAUUCUUCUUUCGAGAAGUCUGGUUACAAGGAGCGCACUGAGGAAUUCAAGGAUUUCCCUGUCCCUGCAUUCUUCUCUGAGUAUGGAUGCAACAACCCUAAGCCUCGCAAAUUCACCGACACCCCUGUCCUGUACGGCCCCAAGAUGAACGACGUCUGGAGCGGUGGUAUCGUCUACAUGUACUUCCAGGAGGCCAACGACUAUGGAUUGGUGAAGGUCGAUGGUGACAAAGUCGAAACUCGCGAUGACUUCUCUAACCUCUCUGAGCAAAUCCAGAAGGCCACUGCCACUGGCGUCAACAGCGCCAGCUACACUGCCCCAGCUGCUGCUACGGCAUCCUGCCCCGCGGUUGGCAAGGACUGGGAAGCUACCAGCGAGCUCCCUCCUUCUCCUAACCCGGAUCUGUGCUCCUGCAUGGUUGAGUCUUUGUCUUGCGUCGUUAAGGAUUCCAUCAAGGAAGACGACUACGAGGACCUGUUCAACUACAUCUGCGCCAAGGAUGGAAUGUGCGGUGGAAUCCAGAAGGACGGCACCAAGGGCAAGUACGGAGCGUACAGUGUGUGCUCUCCCAAGCAGCAGCUCUCGUUCGUCAUGAACCAGUGGUACGAGAAGAGCUCCAACAAAGACCAAGCAUGUGACUUCAAUGGUUCAGGCCGUGUCCAGAGCGCCUCCAAGAGCGAUGGCCAGUGCUCCGACCUGCUGAAGCAGGCCGGUACCGCUGGUACUGGCAGUGUCACCGCUUCUCCUACUGCCGGAAGUGCUACCGCUGGCAGCACCUCUUCCACCUCCACUUCUGACAGCGCUGCUGGUGCCGUGAGCCCAAUGGCCGUCAAGGUUGGCGGCUGGCAGUUCGGGGCUUACAUCAUGACUGCCUUUGUUGCCGGUGCUGGAAUGCUCCUGUUGUAAAGUAGUAAGGUGUAUGGGACCCAAGAAUGCUAGGAGACCAGUGAAAUGUGACCGGAGGUGUUUUUUGUUCGUUGAAGUGUAUUCAUCCAUGUGAUUUUUGGAAUCUUAAGACGUACAUACUUUAGCCAAUAGCUCAAUCGUUCAUUCUUUUGAAUAUACCUUAUCAUGUCCA